UUGGGUAGGUGUUGGUUGGUGUACGUGUAGGAUUUCAUAUAAAAUAUAAGUUCACUUUUCAUUAUAUUAUUUAAAAUUAAUUACUUUUUCGAAACUUAUCCUUUAAUUUUUUGUUUAAAAUCAAAAAAAAUUAUACAAAAUGUCUGUUAAUCUAAGAACAGUUUAUGCAUUUGCCAGAGAAAUGUACCCAAAAAAAGUUAAUGAAAAUAUUAAUUAUGGAACUGCUGGAUUUCGAGGCGAGGCAAAAAAAUUGGAAUAUGUUAUGUAUAGAAUGGGAUUAUUGGCAACAUUAAGAUCUCGUAUAAAGAAUGGUCAAGUUAUAGGAGUGAUGAUUACAGCAUCUCACAAUCCUGAGCCUGAUAAUGGAGUGAAGCUUGUUGAUCCAAUGGGAGAAAUGUUAGAGCCUAAAUGGGAAAAAAUAGCUACUGAGUUGGUAAAUGUAAGCGAUAACGAACUAGAGAGUAAAGUAGCCAGUAUAAUUAAAGAAUUAAAUAUUGACAUUGGUACACAUUGUAAUGUUUAUGUGGGAAUGGAUAAUCGUUAUCACAGCCCAAUCUUGCUUAAAGCUGUUGCUGACGGUGUUAUAGCCUUAAAAGGCAAUGUUAAAGAAUUUGGAAUAAUCACCACGCCAAUGAUGCAUUAUUUUGUUGUAUGUGCAAAUACAAAAGGGUCGUAUGGAAUCCCAACAGAAGAGGGGUAUUACAAGAAAAUCAUUGGCGCUUUUGAAAGUAUAAGAGGUAACCAACUAGAAAAUGGUAAUUAUAAAAAUCGGUUGAUGUUUGACGGUGCAAAUGGGGUUGGUGCAAGAAAAAUGAUUCAAUUUUUGAAAAGAAUGAAUGGAUCUUUGAACUGUGAAAUUUUUAAUAAGGGUGAAGGGAAAAUUAAUGAAAAUUGUGGAGCAGAUUUUGUGAAAGUUCAACAAAAGGUUCCAAACGGUAUGCCAGAGGGAAUAGAAGCCAAUGUUCGUUGCGUAAGUGUAGAUGGGGAUGCUGAUAGAGUUGUUUAUUUCUUUACUGAUUCAAACGGUAAAUUUCAAUUAUUAGAUGGAGACCGAAUAGCUACAUUAGUUGCUAACUAUUUGAUGAGUCUAGUUAAAAAAUGCGGUUUAAAACUUAAAAUGGGAUUGGUACAAACUGCUUACGCAAACGGUGCUUCUACAGAUUAUAUUGUGAAUGAACUAAAAGUACCAGUAAGCUGUGUUUCAACUGGUGUAAAACAUUUGCAUCAUAAAGCAUUAGAAUAUGAUAUUGGUAUUUAUUUUGAAGCCAAUGGUCACGGUACUGUUGUAUUCAGUGAUGAAGCUAAGGAAAUGAUUAAAAGUAUAUCGGAACUUUCACAGAAUCCAGAACAAAAAAAUGCUGCAAACAAUUUUAUUGAUGUAAUAAAUUUAAUAAACGAAACCGUGGGCGACGCUAUAUCUGAUAUGCUUUUAGUUGAAACGAUUUUGCAUUCAAAAGGAUGGGAUGUUAGGGAAUGGUUUGAUACGUACACCGACCUACCUAACAAAUUGCUCAAAAUAAAAGUACAAGAUCGAAAUGUCAUUGUUACUGCUGAUGCGGAAAGAAUAUGUGUUAAACCAGAAGGAUUACAAGAUGAAAUAGACAAAAUUACAUCUAAUUAUAAAAGAGGUAGAUCAUUUGUUCGGCCAUCUGGAACUGAAGAUGUAGUAAGAGUGUAUGCAGAAGCUGCUACUAAAAGUGAUGUUGAUCAGCUAGCUUAUGAAGUUAGUCAAGUUGUUUACAAGAUGGCAGGUGGCACCGGUGCAGAACCAACCCCUCCGGAAACUAUUUACAAUUCACAUAUUUAAUUUAUUUGGAUAUUUAUAUCAACGUAUAAUAAAAGAAAUUGCCUAUUGAGAAUUAUUUAUAUUUAAAUUCUUUGUCUUAAGGUUAUUUAAUAUAAUAGAAGAUAGUAUAUAUACAUACUUAUAAAGUUUGUUAAAAAAAUUAUAUACGGAUUGUUUAAUUCAUUUUUUUUUAAGAUAUUUAAAUAUAUAAUUUUAGAAAUAAUGUUUUUGCUCUUUAGCCAUAGUAAAAAUGAUUAUGUAAACAAAUCUAUUCCACUGCCAAAAACGGUGAAUUUUGUAAUUAUUUAUUUUUUUAAUCACAUAAUGGAUUUGAUUAUGUAGGUAGCAAGUUGAUAGUCUAAUAAAAGCAAAUAUUUAUUGAGCAAGUUUAUAAAAUUAUUUUUCAUUAUUUUUAAUUUUAAAGUCUAGUUCUACAAAUUAUUUUUGUAUAUUUUUGUAUGAUUUUAUUAAUUUUAUAGAAAAAAAAAUAAAUAUUUAUUUUUUAUUUGUUUUACUCUAUAUUUGAA